UUCUUUUUUAGUCCAACAAAAGUGAGAGAAAGAAAGAGGAAGAUUCCAUGCAGUGGAUCUCCACUCUUGUAAUAGUAAUAAAGUGUUAUUAUAUUAUAAGUUGAAGUCAAAUGUGAAGCCUUUUCAGUAUCCAGUCACUUGCUGGAUCUUGAUUUUCCCAGAAAGCCUUGUACUUUGAAGAAGGUGGUUAAGAAAUGGAAGUAGUAUUCAGGGAAGGAAGGUCAUUGGAGGAAACACCAACAUGGUCAGUGGCAACAGUCACCACAGUUAUGGUAUUUGUUUGCUUGUUUGUCCAACGCUCCAUUUACCGAUUUGGAAGGGUCAGUAGUCAAUGUGUGAUACUAAUUCUGUUUCAUUGUGUAUAUAUGCAGUGGUUGAAAAAGACUAGAAGAAAAGCUCUUUUUGCUUCUGUGGAGAAGAUAAAGGAAGAAUUGAUGCUGCUUGGGCUAAUUUCUUUGUUGUUGGGACAAUGCGCUAGGCAGAUUUCUCAAAUUUGUGUGAAUUCAUCACUUUUUAGCAGUAGAUUCUACCUUUGUUCUCAAGAAGAUUAUGACAGUACGAGUGAGACAAACCAUUUGUCAAGGUCCUCCAUUCUCCCUAAUCAUACUGAUAUUCCUCCCAAGGGAAUUUAUCAACCACCACAUCAAUGUGGUGAGGGACGUGAACCUUUUGUCUCCUAUGAAGGUCUCGAGCAGCUUCACCGGUUCCUGUUUGUUCUUGGUAUUACCCAUGUUCUCUACAGUUGUAUUGUUGUGGGCUUGGCCAUGACCAAGAUAUACAGUUGGAGAAAGUGGGAAAACCAAAUCAGCAGUGGGCCAGAGAACAACAUACAAGUGCCAAAAAAUAAGGAGAUGAGGCGACAGUCCACCUUUGCUAUGCAUCAUGCUUCUCAUCCAUGGAGUAAGAGUCGAAUUCUUAUAUGGAUGCUUUGCUUUCUAAAGCAAUUCAGGACUUCAAUUCAUAAGUCAGAUUACUUGGCAUUGAGAUUGGGCUUUAUCACUAAUCAUAAGCUUCCACUUACAUACAAUUUCCAUAAGUACAUGGUUCGUAGCAUGGAAGAUGAAUUUUAUGAAAUUGUAGGGAUCAGCUGGCUACUUUGGGGUUAUGCCAUCAUAUGCAUCUUCAUCAACAUUCAUGGUCUUAAUAUCUACUUCUGGCUUUCUUUUAUUCCUGCCAUUCUUGUCAUGGUGGUUGGAACAAAACUACAGCAUGUAGUCUCCUUGUUGGCACUUGAAAUUGCAGAGCCAAAGGGUCCACUUAUUGGAACACAAGUAAAGCCACGCGAUGAAUUAUUUUGGUUUGGGAAACCGAAGAUACUAUUACGAUUGAUACAGUUUAUAUCUUUUCAGAAUGCUUUUGAAAUGGCAACAUUUAUCUGGUCCUUGUGGGGAUUAGAGCAACGGGCGUGCUUCAUGAAGAACCAUGCAAUGGUUGUCAUCAGAUUGAUUUCAGGGGUUGUUGUGCAGUUCUGGUGUAGCCACGGCACUGUUCCUUUAAACGUGAUUAUCUCGCAGAUGGGUUCGCGGUGUGGAAAGGCUCUAGUAGCUGAAAGUGUUCGAGACUCACUUCACAGUUGGUGUAAGAGAGUAAAGGACAAGUCGAAGCGAGAUGCUCUACGCUCUAUCACUACAAGAUCGACAUGUUCCCUUGGAUCAACAAUUGAUGAGGAGGAUGAGAUAGCAACAGUAACUUUAUCUCCAUGUUCCUCUAGAGGCUCAUUUCACCACCUAGAUGAGAAUGUUGUCUCAAAUGAAGAUUGCAUUGUUGAAACUUCAACCCAACCAGAACAUGAACUUUCCUUCAGAAACAGGGAAUAUUCAUCCGAUACAGAGGAGAUCGUGAUUGAUGAGAGGCAUUCAUCUGAACCUCGGGUUACUGAUAUAGAAGAGAUUGUAGCUAAUGAUGACGCAGGCAAGCUGGAAACACUCUUCGAGCUGUUUCAGAAGACAUGAUUUUUUCUCUUGCUACACGAGUAUUCAUUCUGUACAAUACACUACAUUAGCUGAGUAGACGCAGAGCAAUUCGUGCAUGGGAUAAGCCCCUUAAGAGUAUAAAUUGCUGCCUUUGCUAUCUAGACAUGAAGACCACUUCUCUAUGUUUAAGCUAGAUUAGUCUUGUAUUGUGUUACUCAGAAAAUGAACAUAUAUUAUUUGUAAAGGAACAGUCUGAUGAAUAUAUGCCUAAUUUUACA